AUGGAUCACCAUAAGCCAUUCUCCGUAUUGCUAGUGCUGCUGCUACAUGGCAGUCUACCGGCAUACGGUACCAUAUCUCCCAAGGUCAUCGCCCUGCAGCAAGUGCUCUCCAGCGAGCUACAGACACUGGAACGUAACGCACUGCUUACGGGUCCGUUGCACGCCGAAUCAUCCUCCGAUGGAAGUGCGAUUAGUCGUCUCCGAAGAACCUUUCACGAAUUCGAACGUCAAAAUCAGGAAAGUAUUACCGCGAUUUUGAGGGUGCUGGCACUGAUCGAUCAUACGCUGGAGAACACCAUUCAGGACUGUGAAAAAGUGUUCCAACUUCCGUCGCUCUACAGUGAGAAUGUUUUGUUUCGCGACGUUACCCGACCGCUGCUGCUGCUUUUUUUUUUUUUUGUUAAAACGGGUUUUUUAUUUUGUUUCAAAAUUAAACCCUCCCGCUCCCCUACAUUUUACCCGCGAGGGCUUACCCUGCAGGGGCAUGAGGCACCGCUGCUGCUGCUGGUGGAACAGCUCUGUCAGCAGAUAACCUUGGAGGACUUUGCCCAGAUAGAGUCGUCGUUGGAGGCGGUAGAACAGGCGGCCACCCAUUACCGAUCCCGGUUGGAUGAGACGAAACACAGCAUGCAGGUUGUGUUGGACGAGCUGGAUCAC